UCCUACUUAACCUUGUCACAGGGUACACCUAAUCACUCCAUAAACUAUAUUCAUUCCAAUUCCCAUGUUCUCUAAUCUCUCUACUCUAGCUAUCGAGGACAAAUUGGAGUCUGGUGCGGGGUAGCCUCCCCAGAUUCCUUCACCCCCCACACUCCACUUUACCAUUUGCAUCUCUCUCUCACACGCGCUCUCCAAAAAAACAAAGCAAAAAAUAAAGUAGGAAAAAAAAAAAAAAAAAGCGAAAGCGAAAGAGAAGAAGGUAAAGGUAGAACGGGAAAUCAAACGAGCUUCUACACCUUCUCCUCCAUCUCCCCCCAACGAUUCUCAGUUACUGAGACAGAGGAGAGCUUGCGGAGAAACCACACUAGCUAAUUCCCUUUCGCUCUCUGUAUAUACUAUUCGUCUGCGUGUCCAGGAAAAGAGUUUAAGAGGGGCUGUUAUCGAGGAAGCAAGCAGCGAGCGGAAAAUGGGAGGAAUGACGUCAUCCAUGGCUGCCAAAUUCGCUUUCUUCCCUCCCAGCCCACCUUCCUACAAGCUGAUCACCGAUGAAGCCACUGGCCUUCUCCUCGUCGACCACUUCCCCCACCGGGAGAACGUCGACGUCCUCCGCCUCCCUACUCGCCGCGGGAAUGAGAUCGUCGCCGUCUAUGUUCGGUACCCUAUGGCUACCUCCACGCUGCUCUACUCCCAUGGAAAUGCCGCUGAUAUCGGCCAGAUGUACGAGCUCUUCGUGGAAUUGAGCAUCCACCUGCGAGUUAAUCUCAUGGGGUAUGAUUACUCUGGCUAUGGACAGUCAACGGGAAAGCCUAGUGAGCAUAAUACCUAUGCUGAUAUUGAAGCUGCUUACAAGUGUCUUGAAGAAAACUAUGGAGCCAAGCAGGAAAACAUCAUUCUUUAUGGCCAAUCUGUUGGGAGUGGCCCUACUCUUGAUCUUGCUGCACGUCUACCACGACUAAGAGCUGUUGUCCUGCACAGUCCUAUACUUUCUGGUUUGAGGGUCAUGUAUCCUGUGAAACGAUCAUAUUGGUUUGACAUCUAUAAGAAUAUUGACAAAAUCCCACUGGUGAAGUGCCCUGUACUAGUAAUCCAUGGAACUUCUGAUGAAGUGGUUGAUUUUUCUCACGGGAAGCAGCUUUGGGAACUCUGCAAGGAGAAAUAUGAACCGUUAUGGCUGAAGGGAGGAAAUCACUGCGACCUGGAGUUGUUUCCAGAAUACCUCAGACACCUAAAGAAAUUCAUCAUCUCAGUUGAGAAAUCACCUUCCCGGAGAAGCUCUGCCAGGAAAAGCGUAGACGUGAUGGAACAAGCCAGGAAGAGUACAGAUCGCUACGACGUGUCAAGGAAGAGUACAGAUAGGAGGGAGAAGCCCAGAAAAAGCACAGACCGUCCUGAGAAAUUGAAAUUCCACGAGUACAAGUUUACCAACAUUGAGAAGGUGGACAGCAAGUUUAAGCUCCCGUUCGAACAGUUGGAAAGAUCAAGGAGGAGCGUGGAGUACUAUGAAAAACCGAGAAGGAGCAUUGAUCAUCAGCUGGAGAAAGGAAGGAAAAGUGUGGAUUGGUUGGAUAGAAUCAGAGUUGGAUAAUCCGUGGGGGAAAGACAAACAAAAAACCGGGGUUUGAUAUCGUCCUCGCUUGUAAAAUUUGUUCAGGAUCUGUUUCUGGGGGAAAGGUGACAUCUAAUCUGAAAGACUACAUGAAGAAACGAGAUAACAAGGAAAGAGCAUGUGUGACAUUUUUUACCUUCCUUUUUUUAACUUAAACGAGGGUGUCUGGCUGUGUGGUGAGGUGAUUGUUGGAAUGUGACGAGGAUUUGUAAAGUUUGGUUCAUGUUGCUCUGGGAUUUGUUGUAACUGAUAAUCGGGAGUUUGUGAUUGGUAAAAAGGAAUGACAACGCUACUCUAGUCUCUUAAGUUCUGUUCUGUUCUCUCCGAGUUCUUUUUUGUGUUUUGUUGAGAAUCUUAGUUCUGGUGUGUGUAACAUCUCGACCAGUUGGCUAAUGUUUAAUUCGGAAAUAAAUUCGUGGGUUAGGAUCGAGGGGUUGGAUACGAGUGUUAAUUAAGGUGCCUUUAUGUAAUUAUACAUAUACUAGUAUUUUGGCUCACGCUUUACAGCGGUAAGACAAUAAUUAUAA